AUGGAGAAGACCUCCAUGGCCACCAUGGAUUUCCCCUUGGUGCUCAGGGAGGUGACCCAGAGGAUCCUGAGGACCACGUGCCACAUGACCGGGCCUUAUGAACUGCAAGACGACUAUUACAGACCAGGAGACCUCAUUCUGACUAAAGACAGGACAAUAAUCAAGAACUAUCAACACUUCCUGGCUUUUGUGUUGGCCAUCACUGAGAUCAACAAGGACCAGACUCUUCUUCCCAACACGACGCUGGGCUUCCGCAUCUUUCAGCACCUGGACAUUGUCAGUGUGAUGCAUCGGAACAGCCUCUCUUUGCUUUCCACUCGGGGGCGAAUCGUUCCGAAUUUUAAAUGUGACAGGCAAGAUCCACUGCUCUCUGUUAUUGGGGGUCUUGACUCCCAAUCCUCAAGGGAGAUUGCAUACUUAAUGGGCACCUACAAGAUCCCACAGAUUCUUGCCUCUUUGAGAAACAUCCGGUUCAACAACGGUGCUGGGGAGGAGGUCUCCUUCACGGCAAAUGAUGCAGAUAACUGUACCCCGUGCUCAGAAGAUCAAUAUCCAAACAAGAACCAAGACCGAUGUAUCCCCAAGAAGAUCCACUUCCUUCACUACCAAGAAACAUUGGGGUGUGUUUUAGCUUCUCUAGCCGUGUUCCUCUCUCUGAUCACAGCUCUAGUCCUGACAACCUUCAUUCAACACCGUGAGACACCACUUGUCAAAGCCAACAACCGAGACCUCACCUACAUCCUCCUCAUCUCCCUCCUGUUCUGCUUCCUCUGCUCCUUCCUCUUCAUUGGCCAAUGCACAAAGGUCACCUGUCUAGUGCGCCAAGCUGCUUUCGGCAUCAUCUUCUCUGUUGCUGUUUCUUCUGUGUUUGCAAAAACUGUCACAGUGGUUCUGGCCUUCAUGGCCACCAAGCCAGGAAACAUGGCAAGAAAACUCUUGGGGAGACAACUCACAAACUCUAUUGUCCUGUCCUGCCCCCUCAUCCAAGCUAUUAUCUGUGCUGUCUGGCUGGUGACCUCUCCUCCAUUCCCAAACUUGGACUUCUAUUCCCUGGCUGGAGAGGUCAUAGUGGAAUGCAAUGAAGGCUCAGUCACCAUGUUUUACACAGUCUUGGGCUACAUGGGUUUCCUUUCCUUUAUUAGCUUCGUGGUAGCUUUCCUAGCGAGGAAAUUGCCCGACAGCUUCAAUGAAGCCAAGUUCAUCACCUUCAGCAUGCUGGUGUUUUGCAGCGUUUGGGUCUCCUUUGUGCCCACUUACCUGAGCACCAAGGGGAAGUCCAUGGUGGCCGUGGAGGUCUUCUCCAUCCUGGCCUCCAGUGCUGGUCUCCUGGGUUGCAUCUUUCUUCCCAAAUGCUACAUUAUUGUGCUUAGACCCAAUCUCAAUUGUAAAGAUAAUCUCAUAAGGAGAAAUAAUCUGUGA